UCUAAAGCUCAGAAAGCAGGGAACUUGCAGCCAGUUAACGAGUAGGAGCCAUGGCUGCAACUGCUCAGUAUCUGCCCAGGAAUAACACAUUGCCUUCCAAUCCUCUCAUGCAUCCGGACUCCGACAGGAUGCACCAGGGUACCACCUACAGAGAGGUGCAGAAGAUGAUGCACCAAGAAUACCUGCAAGGCUUAGCCACCAACGCCGGGCAUCCCAUGAGCCUCACCCACCACCAGUGGUUGCCCAAUCCUACCAGCGACUGGGGCAGCGGGUCUCACUUAGGUGGACAGAACGAUCACAGCAAAGGUGCUGUACAGAGUAGCAGAGAGGACCUCAGCAACAGCUUCCACCAUCACAGGUCACACCUGGUCCAUCAACAGACGCCCAGUACUCAUGCAUGGGCACAGGGUGGAGGGCAUCACUUGUCUCCGAUGUCCCCCAGCUCCAACAGUCACCAGCCUCUGAUUUAUUCCCAGUCUUCUUAUACAAACCUGAAUGGCAUGCUGGGACCACAGGCUUCUUCGUUGCACCACAGCAUGAGAGACCCCUUGCAUGAUGACCCAGGAGUCCUUGACACUCACGUUGAGUCGCCUCCUCAGCACCUUAACCAUCAUCAGGACCACUCCGAUGAAGACGCCCCCAGCUCUGACGACCUGGAACAGUUUGCCAAGCAGUUCAAACAGAGGAGGAUCAAGCUGGGCUUCACCCAGGCAGAUGUUGGCUUGGCCCUGGGCACCCUAUAUGGCAACGUUUUCUCCCAAACCACUAUCUGCAGGUUUGAAGCUCUGCAACUGAGUUUCAAGAACAUGUGUAAACUGAAGCCCCUGUUGAAUAAGUGGCUUGAGGAGACAGAUUCCACUACAGGAAGCCCGACCAACCUAGACAAGAUUGCAGCCCAAGGAAGGAAAAGGAAGAAGAGGACCUCCAUUGAAGUUGGGGUGAAAGGAGCACUAGAGAACCAUUUCCUAAAGUGCCCUAAACCAUCAGCCCAUGAGAUCACCAGCCUGGCAGACAGUCUUCAGUUGGAGAAGGAGGUGGUGAGAGUUUGGUUUUGCAACAGAAGGCAGAAAGAGAAAAGGAUGACCCCAGCAGGGGUUCCUCACCCCCCCAUGGAGGAUGUGUAUUCACAAGCAGAGACCCCUCCACUCCAUCACACACUGCAGACCUCCGUACAAUGACUAAGACAUAUAUAAAGAGAGGAUGUGAGGGGGUGGGGAAGAAGUAAGUACUUUUGGAUUUUACAAAAGAAAAUAGUUACAGGACCCCUAGAAAGAGACUGGAGGACCUUUCACCAGAAGAUUACAUUAAAAUACCCACCACAAUAAUGUCCCUUUCCCCCAAUCUUUUUGCUACACCUCAGAUCAUCAUCAAUUAUUCUUGUUUCUUCUUGAAGGUAAAAGGAGAAGGGGAGGGGGCUAAAUUAUUGAGCAGUAUAUUGUGGGAUAGAUUGAGAUUCUAAGAACUGUGAAUAUUUUUUAUUAUUAACCAUGUAAAUCUCCUCACAAAGUCCUUGGCAGCUCUGAAUGAGAUGGUGUUAUUUAUUAAUUAGACUCUUUAGCUCCUGAAGUGCAGUGGAAAGGAGAGAUCUCUGGCAUGGAAGUGGAUGCUAUCAACCCCUGUUGUCUAAAACACAAUAAAAUGGCAUUUAUUUAUUGGGUUUCACAUCCCUUUUAUUAAAGCAAAUACCUAUCCAAAGUUUUCUUUAUCUUUCUGUUCAUUUGUUUCUUAUGCUAUCAUGUGUCUGGUUACAUGGCCUGGUAGUAUUUGGUGAGUAGCCUAUUAGGAUGAAAAUCUACAUGAUAGGACACCUAAUGGAGCCAUAGUUCUUCAUGUUAAUUAAUGAUGUACUUGAAUUAUUGAGGCCCUUUAUUAAUUGACAUAGUUUUAUCACAACCUCUAGGGUCAAAAUGCCACUUCAAUGUCUUGGUACACCAAACAAAAUGUAUUACUUUACUGUAUUUGUAUGAUUUAGUACAUCAGGACCACACAUGGCCAACUAUCUACAAGUCUCCAUAAAUUUAUAACAUGUAGGUUGCUGUAAAAAAAAAAAAAGAAGGGAGCUA